GGAGCUGCUACAUGGGGCCGCGUCUCUGCACGCGGAGAGCAACAAACUGACGCGGUGCACUUUACACGCGUGGAAUUUAUAUUCUCAGCAGCUGUGGGGUAUUAGAGCUGGAUCUUAUAGGGAUAACUGCCUGAGAGGGGGAUAAGUUUUUUCUUUUCUUUCUGGAGUAAAGAAAUUGUUUUUUUGUUUGUUGUUCAAUUUGUAGGAAUAGAUGUAAUUUGCGGUUGAAGGGUUUGUUUGUCUUUUUUUUUUUUAUUUCUGGAGCUUUUGUCGGAGAGAGACACCAGAGAAGGGGCGGCUCGGUGUCCACCUGACCUCCUGGAAAAAAAACACAGCAGCUAAUGACACUGAGAGCCUUACGUUGCGCAUUAAGCUCUCCAGCUCUUCCCACCGUUUGCGCACCAUUCCCCUUUUUAAACUUAAACUAAAAGGAUAUGUUGGCUUUGGAAUAUUUUCAGAUAGUGAAAUAGUUUGGAACAACUUUUAUCGUUCUAUCCCUGGCCGGACUGGACAUUAUGCGGAUCGUUGAUCCACUCCGGCGCUCCUGAUGCCUCGAACCGGUCCUAUCCAUCGGCUCCAUCCCGGAAUGCCUGCCCUCUAACCCCCCCCUGUCCAGAACCCGCUGUGGCGCCGUGUCCCGGUCCAGCCGCCAGGAUGAGCAGCACCGACCUGGAGCGCAUGUCGCUCAGCUCCUCGGCCAACUCGGUGGCUUCCAGCGCCCGCACGCUGUCGGCCAACGUGCGGAAGCUGCACAACGCGCUCAACCUCCUGCUCAGCGACUUCGAGAGGGAGCAGUUCAUCCACUGCCUCAACGUUUACCACUCCAAGCGCAACGUUUACGACUUGGUGCAAACCCUCAACGUGAUCCUCAACGCGCCCAGCAAACGGCAGCUGCUCCCCAUGCUGCGGCUGGUCAUCCCCCGCUCGGACCAGCUCCUGUUCGAGCAGUACACCUCGGAGGGGCUUUACUUAAAGUCGGAUUUAGUUGCAAACAACGGCCACGCCGACCCCCCAUCGGGAGACUUCCCCAGCGCCAGUCCGACACCCUCUGGGAACCUGUCGCCGAACAAACCCCCGGAGUUGCAGGUCGCGCUGCGGGGCUCCCCGGACAGCUUCAGCACCAGCAGCGAGGGGACAGCUCCGCUGGUGCCUCUGCUCGGCAGGAACUUCAUCCAUGAGCCGCCCGGGGAGCUGCGCCAGGUCACCAUGAAGCGGCACAAGAGCAACGAGGGCCUGGGCUUCAGCAUCCGCGGCGGCUCGGAGCAUGGAGUGGGGAUCUACGUGUCCCUGGUGGAGCCCGGGAGCCUGGCGGAGAAACAGGGGCUCCGGAUCGGCGAUCAGAUUAUGAAAGUUAACGAUAAAGUCUUUGAUAAAGUCACCCACGCUGAAGCGGUGAAGGUGCUGAAGGGCAGCAAGAAGCUAAAUCUCUCAGUGCGCUCAGUCGGAAGGAUUCCAGGAGGCUAUGUUACCAACCACGUUUAUACCUGGGUGGAUCCUCAGGGUCGGAGUGUGUCUCCCCCUCCUGAUCUGCUCGAGCACCGGAGCGCCACGCUUAGAAGGACAGACAGUCAGCGACGCAGCAACAUGCAGCUCCUACAAGAGGGAGACGAAAAGAAGGUGAACUUGGUGCUGGAUGACGGACGGUCUCUGGGUUUGAUGAUCAGAGGGGGAGCUGAAUACGCUCUGGGAAUUUACAUCACUGGGGUGGACAAAGGAUCAGCAGCAGAGUGCGGCGGACUCAAGGUCGGCGACCAGAUCUUGGAGGUGAACGGCCACAACUUCCUGAGCAUCCCGCAUGACGAGGCCGUCAGGGUCCUCAAGUCUUCGCGGCACCUCAUGAUGACGGUGAAAGACGUUGGACGCCUGCCGCAUGCCAGGACGGUGGUGGGGGAGACCAAGUGGAUUGCCAGCUCGCAGAUUGGCGAGAGCUCCGCCAACAGCAGCCUGGCGAGCUUCUCUGGGGACCAAGGAGCUUCUGUAGCAGGAAAGCCUGGGUUUUAUAAAGGAGUGGCAGGGUCGCAGGUGACCCUGUCCAGUCUGGUCAACCAAUCCCGUGCCAUGCUGGAGGAGCAGGCACGCCACCUGCUGACUGAGGCCGAAUGUCAGACAAUGAGCUACUAUGUGGAGGAGUACAGGGACGGGCACAUCGGGAUUGAGCAGCUGGUCAUGGCGCUGUUCGAGCUGCUAAACACGCAUGCAAAGUUUUCCCUUCUGUCAGAGGUGCGAGGCCUUGUCACCCCGCAAGAUCUGGAGCGCUUUGAUGGGAUGGUGCUCCGGCGGGAGAUUCAGGCCCUCAAAGCUCGACAGGGGACCACAGGGGCCACAAACAUGCAGCCGGACUGUCUCUCCAUGGUGUCUUAUCCAGACACGCUGACAUCAUCGUCAGCCAGCUUCAUGACCAACACAACGCUCAGCUCUGCACGGGAGAGGCUGCUGUGGCUGAUAGACAUGAUGGAGAACGACAGUGUGGCGGAGAGUAACGAGGGGGAUCCUCCGGAAAGCCUGAACACUCUGCUGACUGACAUCUCUCUGGAUGAUGUUCAGUCCACUGCAGGAGAGCCCCCUCCUUCCUUCAAGCCUCCGCCCCCUCCGGGGGUGCAGAGGCGUCAAGGUAGACGAGAAGUUCUCAUCAAGUGCCCCUCAUCCGAAUCCUCCCAGUCAGGGUUGUGCUUCACAGCACCGAGCUCCCACAGCCACAGCAGAGAGCCGGCCAACAUAACCUCCUCACCUUCACUGCGCCACAAACGGGACGCCUCGCGGGAAUACGCUGCUAUCAAAAAGAAACAUCCCUCAUCUCAGCUCAAGAAAGACAAAAUAACCUCCGCUCAGUUGGCCACAGUCUCCCAGCAUAACAUCGGCCCCUUCCCCAGGGUGCAGUCUCCCAGCAGAGGCCCCAACCUUACGGCCCCGUCCCCAUCUCCCCCACCGCCGCCUCCACUUCCUGCCCCUCCACCACCCCCCUCUCUUUCCUCUAAGCCGGGGUCCUUGUCCAAAGCUGCCCCGGGCUCAUCUCCUGCCACCAAACAGCAGUUUGUAACGGUGGAGGUCCACAGGCCCAACGCUGAACCUGACGUCAACGAGGUGCGGCCGCUGCCCCAGGCCCGAGGUGGAGCACUGUCUCAGCUGUCUGACAGCGGACAAACCCUCAGCGAGGACAGCGGUGUGGACAUACCAGAGUCAGGACACGUCAGCAAAGACAACAGCCCCAAUUCCUCAGGAACACGCCUUCCCCGUGACUCCCAGGAAGGACACGGAGGAGGAGGAGGAGGUGACAACCCCUCCAAACCGCCGGGCCUUUUGGAGCCCACCUCCACUCUAGUGAGGGUGCCAAAGAGUGCCAGCACCCUUGGUAUCGCCAUCGAGGGCGGCGCAAACACUCGCCAGCCGCUGCCACGGAUCGUCACUAUCCAGAGGGGGGGCUCAGCCCAUAACUGCGGUCAGCUGAAGGUCGGUCAGAUCAUCCUGGAGGUAAACGGGGUUUCUCUGAGAGGCAGAGAGCACAGGGACGCCGCUCGCAUCAUCGCUGAGGCUUUCAAGACCAAAGAGAAGGACUACGUGGACUUCCUGGUGACUGAGUUCAAUGUGGCCCUAUAGCUGUGAGCAGGAGGAGAGACAAUGAGGAUGAUGACAAUGUCGGGACCCAGAGAGAAGAUGACUGAACAAUAUCUAACCUUCUUAUUGAUUUGAUGGCACAAAUCGAAAAGAACCAACUGAUCUCUGAGCCCUUAUCCUGUUUUCUAAUCAAACCUUUAACUUAAAGGCAACGUGUUACCUCCAACUGUGAGACCCGACACACUGCAGUGGAAAAUAGUGAAUCUUUACCUUUUGGUUUCCUCUCACUGUUAUAACCUACUGACCUGCAGCUUUUUGAACCUCUCCUCGCUUCAUCCAAUAUUAUGUUUAUUUUGCAUUUCUUUUCGCUUCUGUCUGAGAGGGAACUGUACAGCUGAAACCAACUGAUGCUUGACUUUACAGGCUCGGAUUUGUACUGUAUGUAAAAAUGGACAUAUGUAGAUACAGAUGGAUAUAUAUACUGCACACAUAAAAU